GGCUUCAGACAAGAGGAACAGCUUCAGCUGCUGUACGCCGAGCGCACAAUAGGCACACAAUCAGAACGGGGUCUCUAUUCGGAUGAAAACGCAAUCGUAUCACUUGGAUUAUUAUCGGUUCAUCCAUUACUCCAUUGUGAGAUCACUAAUGCUGAUCGGAUACAUUAUCGACCACCAACAAUAGCGCCAUGAGCGGGGUUCUCAAGAGGAAGUACAAGGAGGUGGAGGAGGACCCAUGUUACUCUUCAUCCUCCCCUUCCUCUCUCUCCUCCUCUGCUUACUCCGAGUGGGACUCAGAUGGGGAGAGCUGCUACUCGGACACCCUGGAUUCGAGCCCCAGCAACCCUAGCUCCCCAGCAACAUCAUUUAAUGCCACUUCCAUCCUUAAGAAGGCCAAGCGCACACGACGAGGCAACGUGCAGUUUGACCAGGUUACGGUUUUCUUCUUCCCUCGCUGCCAGGGCUUCACCAGUGUGCCCAGUCGUGGAGGCUGCACCCUGGGCAUGGUGCAGAGGCACAUUGCCCAGCGCUGCUACACCUUAGCUGAGUUUGCGGUAGAACAGCGGCAUCUACGGAGAGAGAAACUGAAGAACAGGAUGAGGGAAGAAAAACUGGAAGCUCUAAAGCUGAAGCUUACCAAAAAUGGUACCCAAGCAUCCGAAGAGGCUGACAGAUUGACGAUUGAAGACAUCCCUGAGGAUGAAAUCGACAUUAGUGGAGUAAACUUGGAUGAUGGAUCCUUCCUGCAUCCUUACCCUUCUAAAAAAAGACACACCAUCCUCAAAGCAGCUGGCAUUAAGAAGAUUGAUAAAGAGGAGAAGCGGCAACUGCACGAGCUGCGUAUAUCAAGAGAGGACUGCGGAUGUAACUGCCAGGGCUUCUGCGAGCCAGAAAGUUGCAGCUGCAGUUUGGCUGGGAUCAAGUGUCAGAUGGACCACUCAUCAUUCCCAUGUGGAUGCACUAAAGACGGUUGUGGAAACACAGAGGGCCGCAUCGAGUUCAACUCUAGCCGAGUUCAGACGCACUACAUCCACACCAUCAUGAAGCUAGAGCUGGAGAAGCGUCUGGAGGAGCACACGACAGAAAAUGAGACUGCUUUCGAAGAAAAGCGAGAUUGCACAGGCCGUCCACCAGAGUGCAGCACAGUGCCAGAAUCUCCUGCCUUUCACUUUAGCUCGGAGCUUGUAGCAGCAGGGGAGAACAGCUGUAGCAGCGACAUGACCGAUUCCUCUAGUUCUUCAGGCCAGAGCGAGGACUCUGAAGUCGUCAAAAGCUCUCAGUGCAAGCAAUCGUCAUUAGAUGUUGAUGAAAACGGACUUAAGAGAAUUCUAAGCUUUAGUGAUACAGACAAUGAAGACUGCUUUGUUAGGAGUAGAGACACUGAGCAUUGCAACGACAACUGUGAGUAUAAGCAGAAAAAGAGUGAGUUGUCAUCUGUGGGGUACGGAAUCUUUAGCACGGCAGAUGUUUCUCCCAGCGACAAUAAGCUUAGCAAGUCGCAACCAGACUCUUGCACGGAUAGUAGUCGCACAGCCAUGUCUGAGCUCUUAGAUGAGAAUGCUAAUCAAGGCAAUGAUCUAUUCCACAAUGGGUCUGUACCCCACACCCCCUCUCCCUCCAUCGAUCACUCAGCCAGCUAUAUGGACCUGAGCCUCUCCUCAGAAUCAGACCUUGAGUUCUUUGAUGGCUUCCCUUGUCUGGGACCCAGCUCACUCUACAACUCCCUCAAGGAGUACGAGAAUGUGGACAACUUUAUUCAGUUCCAGUUGCCUGGUUACACCAGCCUUCCUCAAGCUGCCGACCCAGGCACCUGUCUCCUGGAAUCUCUGAUUGGCUUGUCCGAUUCUGUCCCAGAACCCCCAGCUACCUUCACGGACAACCAGAUGCUUGAGGAUGCAAUGAAGCUUUCAGUGAUGGAGUCUGUAAAGGUCUAAUGAGGACAUAGCUGUUGUAUGAUCACUGUAUAGAACAAUUUGGGGAUUGUAAAUGAAUGCCAAUAAUGGCCCUCCAUCCAAGGCUAUAAAUAUUUGCAUUAUCUGCCUUGAAAAUGUUAGCAAAGCAUUAAUUUAUAACAGUCUUUAUCAUUAUUAUAAACGCCAUCUCAGUGGCAACUAACAUUUCAGUUGAAAAAAAGUUCUGGAUGACUGAUUUUGGAAUAUUUGUACAUAUGGCCAGGAAGGUGUAGAAUUUCUCACCCACAUUGGUGGUAUUAUAAUUUACCAUUUUUUAUUAUUAUUAUUUUUAUUAUUAUUUUUAUUAUUAUUAUUGCCAAGGCUCUUUAUAUGAAAUCAAAAGGGGCACAGAUAGGAGUCUUGAAAUAAUGCUGAUUAUGUAUCUCAGGGACUUUUUCUAGCUUUUGAAAGUAACGCAUUUGACCAUAGCUGUUAUGGAUCUUAUUUGGCCUUUUUCUGAGAAUUUUCAACAAAACACAAAGAACAUUUAAAUGGCCCCGUUUUUGGGUGCCUCUGUCAAUUUUGGACUUGAGAUUAAGGGUGGUCUGUACUUUUAUUGCAAAGCUAGAGGAAGACUCCUGUUCCACAAAACAGCUCCUUGGGAUUUAUAAUGGUACACAAAUCCCCCAGAGGCUCCACAGUUAGCACUUUAUCUGUGAAAAACAAAACAAACAAACACACACACACAAAAAAAAAACAA